AUGCUCGGCGAGAGCUGAUACGGUUGAAAUAUUAUCGCCUAUCUAGAAUUUCACAGCCGGCAGUGAUAAUUUCAGUGAUAUAUACUAUAAUUCAGAUUUCGGCGGACUUAGAUCAAAUAUUCAUUUUACACCGACGGGAAAGAACUUAUACGUGGGGGGGAUGGGAGGUGUUACCUUCCCUGCCGGUUUGACUAGUGGCAAUGACUUGAGCCGUCUCAUCCCGGGGUACUCGUGGUAUUGGGCUAAUCCAUCCUAUCAAAUGGGAACUUACGGCAUCGGUACCGGAUAUCUAGCAUUUUGGCUAUACUGCUCCAACGGUCUCGUAAUUCACUCAUGGGCGCUGUCGCCAAGCUCCGAGGGAGAUUUUGGGUCCCCCGCCUGGGCUACCGUUUGGCACCCCAACGGUCUACACGAGGUCGUGGCAGUCGACGCUGAUUCAAAUGCCUCUGAUCCCUGGUGGAGCCCUUACUCCGGGAAGAAAUAUUUCAACAAGUUCAACUUCAACCUUUCGAUGCGCAACGCAUCUUUUUAUAUUGAACAGUCUGUUAGGGAAUCUUAGUCACACCCCCCCUUAGGUUACAAUGGCUACAACAUUACCGAGGCUUACGCUCAGGGUACUGGGACUUGGGACGGCGAGAAUGUGACCUGGUUCGGACAUGUCGAGCAGUUCUCCUAUUUAACAU